AUAGGUUUAGUCAGGAGAUCCUAGCCUUACUGCACAUCACCUCACCUCACUAAAUUAGUUUCACUAGUUUUGGAUUUACGUUCGGGCGUAUAGGACCUAACCACUAAACACCCUAGCAAAACUGAACAUCCAUCCUGAAAUAGGCCUGUUUCUGGUCCCGAUGUCAAGCCAAACAUGUUGGUGGAGUCGGGCACUGAUCCUGAGUGUAUUCUUAAUGAUACCACUCUGCAAAGCCUCCCUUUUAGUGGCCAUCAUUAACACUGAACCUUUGGAUGGAAACAGCGCUGAGGUGAGGGCCCACUUUAGUGUGAUCGCCCCUCUGCCUUGUCCAUCUCUCCUGAACAGUGUGUGCAAUGACGGAAAUUCAUCUUGCAUUGCACAUGCUGUUCCCUCCCCCCAGCAAGGAGGUCAGCCUUCCCCUGGUUGGUGUGUCCGCCAAUGGCAGAAGACUAUACCCAGCCAGCAUUCCUCCAGUAUUACGCUGGGGUCUGAUGUUGGUGUUGUGCUCUCUACAAGAGCAGACCUGUCCACCCGCAAGGACACGCGAAAAGUGAACCAGUCUCCAUUCUCAGCUCUAAUUCCUCCAAUCAGGGUAAAUACAAAUUGCUCUCGAGACAUCCCCCUGAGUGUGUACGACCUCGAUAGUGAUAGAGUUAGGUGUCGAUACGCCCGUGAUGAUCUCGGAGAGUGCCAUGGGAACUGUCCGCAGCAUGCUUUUCUUCUGUUAGAUGAGGCGUCUUGCAUCCUGAGGUACAAAGGAGGAGCAUCUGAGGGACAAUACUCUGUGAAGCUGAUGGUUGAGGAUUUUCCCGUUCCCACUCCUUUUGUGCAAAUGGAAGAAAAAGCAUUCAGCUCAAAUCCUAUCUUUCUCUCCAUCAUAGUGGAGAACAAAUCCCCAGACUGUUCUGCGCUGCCUGUAUUCGUUGAUGAAAGCCCAGAUGCGAAUGCUAUAAUUUCUGUUCUGCCAUACGACGAAGUCAAAUUGAAUGUCACCAUUCGUUCAGAAGCUGAAAGUGUAUUGGAGAUGGCCAUUGCUGGUCCCCCCAGCCUGUACAUAUCCCCACUUCAAAAUGCACAAGAAUCUGAGAAAUCAGUCAGUCUGGCAUGGGUCAGGGGCCCUAAUGACUUCAGCCGUUUGCUGUCCAUCUGUUUCACUGCAAAUACUGAAAGUGUGCAGUCAGAGAUUCGGUGCAUUUGGCUUCAGCAAAGGCCUAUGAACGACUUGCCCGCAGGCACAGAGCUUAGCUGUGCCAACAACACCAUGUCUCUGGUGCUUCCCAUCUCCACCAUGACCGAUCUGCCAUUGGAUGACCUUCAGCUAAACGAUCCUUCCUGCGCCAUCUUCCACAACACCACUCAUGUGACUACCAACUUUUCACUGAGUAGUUGUGGCACGAGGACAGUGCACUAUGGUUCAGCGUUGGUGUACACAAACACACUGAGGAGCACUGGUGUGCCGACUCCCAUUACCCGGCGACCUAUGCUUAUCCUGCCCCUGGCCUGCCAGAUCACAGAGGGGCAAGUCGAGGGCCCCCGCUACAAGAUAACCAUGCCCAAGGAGGAGAAGGUGUUUGGGAAGGUAUCCUUCUGGUUGGAGUUCCAUCGGCCAGGGGAAGGCCCCUUGGGCAACUUAACCCGCACUGCAACGUUUCGGAGGUAUUCGAGGGAGGCUAGAGUGGCGGUGAAAGAGGUCAACAGACUGGAGCAGCUGGAUUUGUAUGUGUUCUCCAACAGCUCAGUGACACGUGCCCAGCUUCUCAUGCAGGGAUGCAUGGAAUCUGAGACAGAGGACUUCAGUGGCGCGUCACCUAUUGUAGAGAAUAGCUGUAAACGUGACAACAAAAGUCUUGAGAUCCUCGUACAAACUCCACAGAUAAAGGUCUACCGACUUAACCUGGCUCAAAUCAAAACUGUGGGAGACACGAUGUUUGUCGAAUGUACGGUGAGCCUCUGCGUGACGACACAGGUCACUGACAAGUGCCCGGGGCCAUGUGAUCCUGUUGAUCCGAAUGUUUUAGUGACCUCGUUCCUGUCCAGUAACUAUACUGUGCGCUCUGGGCCAGUCCUCCUCCUGGAGAGAGAAGUAGAAACUACCACAGCCCCUACAACAACCACCCCACCGACCACCACCACCGCCGCCCCUACUACUACCACCGCUACUACUACUGUUGCUACAACUGCAGCAAACACUACCGCAUCCUCAGCUUCAAAGAGGAGUUCCAGCCUGGCUGCGGGAUUGAUCAUAGUGGUCUUUCCCUUGGUCUUCCUGUGUCUUCUCCACUGAUUUCUCCACUGGUUUCUCUGAAACUCUGAGUAUUAGCUAUUUUGCCUGUUAAUACAUACUCCACAAGGGGGACUAUCAAGUCCUGUGGCCGGGCAUUUUGGCCCUGAAAAGAGAGGAAAUAUGUGUGUGCCUGCUCACUUUGGGACUGCUUCAAGAAUCUCCCUAUAGAGCUCUUGUUCACUUCACCUGACUAGUAUAAUCAUUCUACAGUAUGUUGUCUUUAUUAUAAUUUUUUUUUAGCACUUCAACACUAUUGGCAUUUUUAUGUGUUUAAAUUAUCACUUCUUAUAACAUAAAUGAAUGCCCUUUUAUGCCUUUAUGUACCUUGCAUGUUUAUUAUUUUCAUUGUUAUUCUUUACUUUUAAAAACUAUUCCUUGAC